AUGAAAAAUAAACGGUUCAUUAAGACCUUUUUUUUUUCUUUUUUUAUUUUCGAAAAAGAAUUUUCAUUCUAUUUGAGAGCUUUACAAUCAUUAAAUUUUGUUGGGAUACUUCAAGAAUUUUCUUUCAAAUCAUUAAGUUUCCAUUUUUUUUUCUUUUUUUUUAUUCAUUCCUUUUCUUCAUUUGUUUUUUCUUAUUCUUUUUCUUCUUUUCUUUUAUGUCUUUUUUCUCUUCUUCUUUCAUUCCUCUCUUUCUACAUUUUCGCUUUUAUUCUUCAUCUUCUUGUCAAACUUUAUUUUUAUUUCCUUCUUCUUUUUUCAACCUCUCUUUCACCCUUUUUUAUUCUUCUUUUUUUCACUUCUUCUUUUUCUUCUUCUUCUUCUUCUCUAUUUUUCUUCCUUGUCCUUUUCAUUCUCCUUACUUUCUUUUACGUUUUCUUUUUUUUUUUUUGUCUUUUCAUAAUAGAUACCUCUCCCAUGUUUACUCUCCUUUUGUUUUUUCUCAUUUUUCGAUUUGUUUUUUCUUACUUCAUCAAAUUCAGGCCCAAGAGCCACUUAAGGUUUUCCUUUACUGAAUACAUUUAUUUUUUUCAUUUCAUUCAUUUUUUCUUUUUCUUUUCUUUAUUUCCUACUUGUUUUCCAGGCAUAUUCUUUUCUUUCAAAUUAGAUUCCGGACGAUAUUUCUUUCUUUCUUUCACAUUUGAUCUCCGUCCAUAUUUCUUUCUUUCUUUCUUUCUUUCUUUCUUAUUUUCUUUCUUUCUUUCUUUUCUUUCUUUCUUUCUUUUUUUCUUUCUUUCUUUUCAUUUUUUCUCUUCCAUUUUCUUUUUUUCUUUCUUUCUUUCUUUCUUUCUUUCUUUCUUUCCUUUUUUCCAUUUUCUUUCUUUCUUUCUUUUCUUUCUUUCUUUCUUUCUUUUCUUUUUUCUUUCUUUCUUUCUUUCUUUCUUUUUGAUCUCAGUGCAUAUUGCUUUUCUUUCAUUUUUUGCCUCGUCCAUAUUUUUCUUUCUUUUCUUUCUUUCUUUCUUUCUUUUUUCUUUCUUUUUUCAUCUCUUUCACCAUUUGAUCUCAUCUUUCUUUAUUUAUUUUCUUUCUUUCUUUUCUUUCUUUUUUUUUUUUUCUCCGUCCAUAUUUCUUUUUUUCUUUCUCCGUUUUUCUUUCUUUCUUUCUUUCUUUUUUUUUUUUUUCUUCAUUCAAAUCAUUUUCUUUCUUUCACAUUUGAUCUCCGUCCAUAUUUCUUUUUCUUUCUUUCUUUCUUUUUUUUCUUUUUUCUUUCUUUUCUUUUCUUCUUUCUUUUUUUUUCUCUUUGAUAUUUCUUUUUUCUUUCUUUUCUCACAUUCUUUCUUUUCAUUUGAUUCCGUCCAUAUUUCUUUUUUUUCUUUUUUUCUUUCUUUCUUUCUUUCUUUCUUUCUUUCUCACUUGAUCUCAGGACAUAUUGCUUUUUUUUUACAUUUUUUUUAUCUGACAUAUUGCUUUUCUUUUUCAUUUGAUCUCCGUCCAUAUUUCUUUCUUUCUUUCUUUCUUUCUUUCUUUCUUUUUUCUUUUCACUUUCAUUUUCUCAGGUCAUUUUUCUUUUUUCUUUCUUUUCUUUUUGAUCUCCGUCCAUAUUUCUUUCUUUCUUUUAAAAAUUUUUUUUUCAUUUUCUUUCUUUCCUUUACUUUCUUUUCUUUCUUUCUUUCUUUCUUUCUUUCUUUCUCACUUGAUCUCAGGACAUAUUGCUUUCUUUCACAUUUGAUCUCCGUCCAUAUUUCUUUCUUUCUUUCUUUCUUUCUUUCUUUUUUCUUUCUUUCUUUCUUUCUCACUUGA